GAAGGCAUAUGUGUUACAUCUUGAGAUAUUUGUUUAGGGCAAACGGUCACCGCCAUUUCUCGUAUGAAAGGCUGGACUGUCGCAAUCAAACUCUCCGCCUGCCGGAUCAUUCCCCUGUAGCUAGCUUUGAUUAAAGAGUCUCUUUCUUGGUUCGUUGGGAAUGUGCAUGAUGAGAAAAGGUAGUUAGCUUAUCUGCCUUGUUCCUUUGCUUGCAUGAAGAAAGACUCUCCUCUGUUUGUUUUGUGGGAAUAGGCAUGACUAAGCCAGUUAGUUUCCUACGGCGAGCUCGAGCAGCUUUGUAUUGCGUCGAUAUCUUUCCAUGACAUGCCCCGCUAUCUAUGUUUACUGGAACCGGGCCUUAAGGUGAAGGGCCGCCUCUCUAAGAAAAGAAGUUUGGGGGAAGAAGAGCUCUUGCAAUGGAUUCCUCAGUAGGAAAUGCAAAAGAAGAAAGAAAGAGCAGUGCUUUCUUAAUAGUCGUGGGAGUCCGGUUCCAUGGAUGGAUAGGAACUAAGCUAAGUCUGCUAAUUGGUUGGUUGAGCACACUCCUGGGAAGGGGUAAACCGACUCUUAGGGUCUUUCGCCCGCGUUUAUACUAUAGUGGCACCCAAUUGAUUUUAGCACGAGAUAGGGACCAAUCUUCAUCCACGGAGAAAGCAGAGGAAUACCGAGAAGUAGAGAGAACUUGCUUCGCUAGGAAAGGAAAAGGGAGAGUUGGUUUCACCUUCCCUAUAAGAACUAAGGCGUACCCGCGUAGAAGAAGCUACCUUCCUCAAACUCCUCUGCGCAACCCAGCCAUACCAGAGAGUGCUAUCACAAGGAAAUUGAAAUCGGCUGACCUAUCGGAUGAAGCAGACUGCUGCGAAAGUGGUGCCACGAGUCGAGAACUCUUAGAAUUGUGCUCGUUCAGGCUCUUUAGUGCACCUAAGUGCGAAGCUGGUGCUGCAAGGGAGGAUGUGGGCGGGAGAGCGCUAUCUCUUCUUCCCUUGCAACUGCUGGGCACUGAAACUCAGUCGGCCGACAUCGAUAAGGGAGAUUUUCUUCCAACCCCUUGGAAGAGAGGAAGAGAAAGGAGUGCUUCCUAUGAAGCUAGGCUGGCACUUAGGAAGAUUGGACGAGUACAAGAUCGAAAAGAACCCUAUAGGCAGGCUAAAAGCGCUGUCCGUCUUCAUGGCCUCAAUAAUACUCAGUAUUGUACUGGCCGAAUCCGUUUCGCAGCACGGAGUAUACCUCAAUCUCCGUUAGUUCCGUUUCGGCUUUUUCCCCAAUUUCCCACUCCUUCUGUGAGGCAAAACCUCACCACACUACACUUCGACACAAGAGAAGAGGACCGGGCGCUUGUAUCUUCGGGAUAGGAGUUAUCGGUCUUCUUUAAGAAAACUCAAAUCAAAUACUCCUUAUCUCAUGGAUCAACUUAUUGCUGAUUUCGUUUCUAGGAUGGGUUUGGCUCUGCCUGUACUUUUAUUCUUGUAGCCGUUAGGUC